ACCUACUAUUCCGUCGUAUAGGAUAUUUAUUGUUUAGAAGGUCCAGGGCCCAAACACUCGAUCCUUCGGAAGGUUAAUCCAGGGUCUACACACCGAUCUUGUCAUUACAGAAUUUAGCAACAAAACUCUCCUUGUUCUAACACAACUCAGGAAACUAGGAACAGUUGUUGAGAUAUCUAAAGAUACAGUUAGGAACGCUGUCGAGGGUUCAAGCGGAAGAAGCGUCUACACUGUAAAUACUUUACUUGGUGCUGAAAGUGAAGAAAUCCUAUUGUUUUCUCGAAUACUGGCCGAGCAGCUGAAGCUAACUAAACCGGUUUUACUCACCCUAGCGGUCAAACAGCUGGAUCACGACAAAACAAGAGAAUUGGUGAAGUUUGUUGUUGAAAAGUUUAACAACUAAAAUUGUUAAGCAUGGAUCAAACAAGAUUUGGACAAAUUGUUAUAGGCCCCCCUGGCUCUGGUAAAACUACCUAUGUCGGUAGUAUGGCGGAACUAUUACGAAACCUUGGAAGAAAAGUUGCAAUUAUUAAUUUAGAUCCGGCGAAUGAGAAUGUAGAAUACAAAGCAGAUAUCGACAUAUCAGACCUUAUUCAAUUAGAGGAGGUUAUGGAUAGUGUAAAACUGGGACCCAAUGGAGGGCUGAUUUAUUGUAUGGAGUUCUUGAGGGAAAACUUCAGUUGGUUGAUGGAUCGAAUAGAACAAUUGGCUUCAAAUUCCUACCUUCUGAUUGACUGUCCGGGACAAGUUGAACUUUUCACAACAAAUACUGCAGUACGGGAUAUCAUUGGAAGACUUGUGAAGAAGGAUGUACGGUUAGCUGCUGUACAUCUGGUGGAUGCACACUACUGCUCAGACCCCGGCAAAUUUAUCUCAGGAACUUUUGUUCUAGAUCUUGAGUAUCUGCUGGAUUGUAUUCCUGAGGAUAAUUUCACCAAGAAGUAUCGAGCUCUGAACCAUGCAAUGGUGGGACUUAUCUCGGAUUACAGCCUAGUAAACUAUGUUCCAGUAACAGUUAAGAGUAAGGAAAGAAUGCUCGCAGCUUCAAAUCUUGUGGAUAAAGCAAAUGGAUACGUGUUUGGAACUGGAGAGGAGAGGAAUCUGAAGAACCUGAUGGGAUCUGCUCUAGGAGGAGCGGACUUCGAGUGGGCUAAAACAGGAGAUAUUAGGACUGAAUACAUGGAGGAUGAAAAUAUGGGGAAUGAUCUUGAUAAAGUUGAUAUAGAUCCUCAGUUUCAAGUUUAAUCAUUCAAGUUACUAUACAGAUCCGCAGUUCCAAGUUUAUACUUCAAGAUACCAUACAGAUUACAGAUCCGCAGACUCGAGUUUGAUCCUUCAAAUUAACAGACAGAACCUUUUAAGUUUGAUCCUUCAAGUUACCAUAAAGAUCCGCAGUUCCAAGUGUAAUCCUUCAAGAUACAACACUGAUCCGCUGUUCCUAGUUUAAUCCUUCAGAAUAAAACACAGAACUAUAUUUUCAAGUUCAAUCCUUUCACAGGUUAAAUCGAAUAUUAGACGAUCGAAAAAGGAUUUUAAUAGAUAUUAAUAUGUAUUUAAUUUUACUUCCAUAUACCCAAAAUCGCAAGUGUUCUAAGUCCGUCAUGACAUAUUUUUUUCAGA